AUGGUCUACAUCUACGCCUUACUCUUGAUACCACGCACCUUAUCUAACACUCCUGGUCGUAUUGUCUUCAGCAACACACAUGUGAUAAGUAAUGUCGUGAGUACAUAUCACAAUGAUGUCUAUAAACUUUCCAAUCCCGAAUUCCCGAAACCUGAAGACGACUCUGGUAUUUUUAUGACUAUGGAUGACUCACGUUCUCCAGGAACUCAUCACGCGGUCUAUAGUGCUCCAUAUAUGCCAUACGCUGAUAUGAUGGCCAGAAUUAUGGGCGGAGCAUCACCCUUGACAGAUGAACAAGUCAUUAAUCUUGACAAAGAUGCUAUUGCAGUUCAAGAAUGCCACCAAUAUCUUCUAAAUAAAGCCCAGGAAGUUGAUAUAGUGAUGCCACUAAGUUUUUUGAAUGUGCGAGCAUUUGUGUGGUAUCUAGGUAGACCUCAUCUACUCAUUGGAUGCGGUGGAAAUAAGCGUGCAUGGUUCAUAGGGACUACACUCAAGGGAAGAGACAGAUUAAGACCAUUAGAUGGAGCUUUGAUGUUAGUUACUCAAAGGUACGGGAAGGGAGAAAGUCUCGUGAAAAAAAGGAUGCUGGGCGUUGAGCUGGACCUGAAGAGAAGUCGAAAAAUCAACCCAGAAGUAGAUCCUUCCACCGACGGAAGUGACUACAUAGUAAGAUUAUCGAAUCCAGGAGAGAAAAUGCCUGGCGUUCUUAUCGACUGGUAUGAAUGCAGUCUUUCCAAGAGCUCAUCACCCAAAAUCUUCAAGUGGGGUGCACGAUCUUAA